AUGGAUUUUUACCACAUUUUUAUUCAAUAUUGGNCUCUAUUUAUCUGUGGUAUUCGUUUAAUUCAUAGUCAUCCCACAUUCGGCCAACGAACAAGUGCGAUCGCAGAUGAACUUUUAACAACAUUCUGUCGUGACCAUUCUAAGUUCUCUGAACAUUUACAAAAUUUUGUUCUUCACUUACAUGCACAUUAUGCGGAGAUGUUUGAUUUAAAUGGUGCAUUAUGUUACGUUAACACAUUUGCACAAGAAGAUCUUAUUGGUUAUGUUGCAUCAAAUAAACAUGGCACUCGUUAUUUUGGUGAUCUUAUUGUUUAUUAUUAUAAUAUUGAUAUAGCCUUAAGCAAUUCAACCGAUCGUCAAAAUAUAUUACCAGAUGGACCACAUGAUCCAUGUACUGAUGUUAAAAGUUAUGAAAUCGAUGCUUUGCAAACAUAUCAUCGGCGUGUUUGUAAUUGUACAUUAAUUCGUCAAUGUGAAAGAGGUUUAGAAGCUAUCAGUGUUGAAUGUGACGCACAACAACGUCAAAUCCACAAUCAACAUCAUCAUCGUCAUCGUCCAUAUCAUAAUCGAAAUGCUACUUCGUUUAUUAAUUCUAAGCAGGCACAAUUGUUUCAACAGACUUUGUAUACCCUGCUGCAAUUGUCCAUUAUGGCUGAUAAUAAUAAAAGAUUAACACAACGUGGUCGUUGUAUUAAUACGCCAAAUAUAUUUACACCACCUGAACCAUCAACGAAGAAGAAACCAUCGACAUCGUCAUCCAGAACAAUAACAACACAAGCACAUGAAGAAAAUUCAUAUUUAGUUUGGAUUGGUAGUUUAAAACAGCAUACAAUAUUAAAAAAUAGUGAACUACAAUCAAUAAAUCAAGAUAAAACACAAGUAAAAUGUAUCAUUAAUCAACAACGCUUAGUUGGCGAUGUAAAAUAUUAUGGUACUUAUGAAAAUUGUCUUAGUGAACUGGAAGAUGUUUUGAAUGUUGAUCGUGCACCCGUAUUACGUGUUGAUGUAUCAAGUCUAAAUGAUAAUAUUGAUGUUGAUGGGCACGAAAAUGAAAGAGAAGAAGAAGAAUUUGAUGACGGUAAUAAACAACUAAAUGUAUCCAUUAGUGAUAAAGAUGUUGAUAAUUUUAUUGAUCAACGUUCAUCAAUACCAUGUAAGUGGCUGUUAUUAUAUGUCAUAAAAAGUAAUGGUUUCUCUACACUUUCUUAAACUUUUUUAGCAGUCAGCAGAAAAUCUCCAAGAUUUCACGUUUUUUGAAGUGAAAUUUUGGAGACUUGAAGUCCUAAAUCAAGACCAUGCUCUUAGGUUGCUCACAUUUUUAGUUCAGUGUAAUGUCACAAGCCGCAGAUGAGUUUGUAGUCAAUCCGUCACGUUAA